AUGGUGCCAGAGCCAACUAGCGGACCGAACUGCUCCGGCCCCGCUUCGGCCCCUCCCGCCCCAACUCCCUCGGACCGGUGCGCCGCACUCUCCUCCAGGAUUCACGCGCGGGACCGACAGGCCCCCGUAGUGCGCCUCUUUCCCCUGCCUGGGGCCUCCCGCUGGUUAUCUCCCCCAGUCCCUCCAUCUGCCCCACCGCCGCUGCGGCGCCCGUCCCGCCCGCGUGUCUCCCGGGCACCCCCGUCCGUCCACCCGCCUCCGCCUCGCGCGCCGCGCCGGUUCCUCACCCCCUCACCCGCCGGCCCUCCGGCCUCCCCUUCGAGCCCGAAGGCACCGCCAUCCCCGCCCGACGUCGCGCUCGGGCGGGUCGCGAGCUCAGAAAACCCCCCCUCUGCGGUAGCACCACCCCGACCACCCGACAAGAGGCAGACGCGCGGGCAUUCACCGCGCCAUUCACCCCCUUCCGAGCUACUGGACGCGCUUCGGCAACGCCGUCGCACCCAUGCGAACAGGGAGCGCAUCCGGGGCGAGGCGGCACCGGGCGCGAAUCGCCGGCGCGCUGGGCUGCGCUCGUACAACCUGCCCGCCUCACCUGUGCGCCCCCAGCUGCACUACCCACCCCGCGCAGGGCCCGGACCACCGCCGCCCCGACGCCCGGCGCGCCGCUCCCACUAUCGCCCUACCCCACUUGCCGUGGCCAAACGCCUAGAACAGCCGGACUCCAUUACCCCCCCCCCCCCCCCCACGGGCAGCCCAGGAGCAUACCCUGCCCGCCGCGGCCCCUUGCCUCACGCGCGCCCACUCUCCGCACCUCUCCACCGCGUGCCGUCGCCCACUGCAGCCGGGCAAGCCGUCGGCGCCCUGUGCCCACUGCCCAAGAGGCCCUACCGAUCCCCGCACCUGUCCUCCCCCAGGCCGGACCUUCAGACUCUCCCGCCUCUUCGAGCUGGCCCCCAACGCCGGGCCCUACGCCUGCCCACCUCCGCCCCUCCUAAUGGCCCCGCGCGCCCAUCCGGGUUGUCCCCGGUCCCUUUCGCCGCCCCCAGGGGCUCCGGCCUCCUGGCCCGCGCGCGCCCUCCUCGCCUCCAGCUAGCGCCGGCGGCCCUUCCUCCCGCUCCGGCACCGUGCCCGGCGCUCGGCCGAGCCCUCCUCCGACCUGCGCGUCGAUCCCCUCCGCCCCUCACCGCGCCCCCCCUCGCCGCGCCCUCUCCUAGUGCCACUGUCAGCGACCCUUCGCCCCUGUCCUCGGCCGGCUCGCGCACUCUCCCUCAGCCCACGCCCGACCCCGUUCCGCCCUUCGUCGCCUCUCCCCCCCCGUCCUCAUCCCUCCCGCUCCCCAUCCGCAUCUCCGCUCCCCGCCCCUUUGCCUCUCCCAGCCCCCCUCACGCACGCCUCGUCCCCUUCCCCCCCCCUGCUCGCCCCACGACGCCGCGCCCCCUUUCCUCGCCCCGCUAUCAUCCACCCCCGCCCAGCUCCCCCCCCGGGUUUAGCGACCACCACUCCGAGCCCCUUCAUCCUCCCGCGCAGCUGACGCCGUCUCCGUCUACCCCUCCCACGCCCGCUGCUGGCCCCGCUCCCCCCCCACCCACUAGAGGCCUACAUCUCCACCACCAACCUCCCCACCCGCUGCCGUCCCGCCGACCCCCCCCCCCCGCCCGCGCUAGCUCGCGCCCCCCCGCCCGCCGCCGCCCCGCCGCCCAACCCGCCGCGUUCGUGCGGCCCCCAGCCUCUCACGCCCCGCGCGCCCUAAUCUCCCCCGAACUGAUGGCCCGCUCCCCGCCCGGUCAUCCCCUCCUCUGUCCCGGCGGCCCUCGCGCACUCCCGCGCUCCCCAUGGAGAGCAGCCCGUCACCCCACGGCCCCAGGCCCCUCCCCCCCGCCCCCGUGCCCCAAGGCGCGCCGGACGACUGCAGCUCGUCCACCGCUCAGAGUUAAUUCUCGUCACCGCGUGGCAGGGCCCGUCAGCGCCUACCACCCGCGUCCCACCCCCCCAGCGUCCCCGCCGAUUCGACCCCUCCCGGCCCCCCGGCCUCGAAGCCCGGCAACGUCGCGCCACCGCUUUCCCCCCCCGCUCGCACCUCCCAUUCACCCCCCCUUCCGCCCCCUGGACGGCCCCCUGGCCUCCAGCCCGCUCCCGCGGGCUCGCGGCUACCUCGCCUGCCCUCCCCGACGCCCCCACGCACCCCCUCUCCCCGCUUGCCCCCCACGCUUCCGUGCCCCCGCCCCGAGAGUCGGCGUUGUGCGGGCCCCCCGGGAAGAUCGCCCGCCCUCGGCGGACUCAGACACCUCCCCACCGUCUCGCUCGCCGCGGCGCGGCACGCCCACAGCCGACACCCAAGCCGCGAGCACUGCUCACAGUCCGGCCGCACGAGACACACUGACGGCAACCACCGACACCCGCCGGGAACCACCACCUCGCUCCGUACCACAACGUGCGCCCAGCCAAACCGUCCCUUCCCUCAACUUACCCCACAAGUUCCCUGCGCGCCAGACGCGUGGCCCCCUUGGAUCGCCCUCGGCGCUCCCCCUAUUCGCCUGGCACGCCCUCCGGCCCCCCGCCUCGCGGCCCCUGCCGCCCUCCCGGGCCGGGGCGCAACCGCCGCCCCCCUCUUCCCCCUCACAUCUCAACCAGGUCGCCCCUGCUCCCCGCCGCGUCAGGGUGCCUGCGCCGCACCUCUCAGGCCCCCGCCUUAGCGGCGUCCAGCCCCCUACGCCCCGCGUCCCUGCGUCGCUACCCCGCCUCCGCCCGCCCCAACGCCUCCUCACUGCCCCGCCUGCUGAACGGCCUUGCUCGGGCCGCCCCCGCGCCCCUCCGCCCCAGCCAGCCCGCCUCCCCCUCGGCCACGGCCGCCCCCCGUCCGACCGGCGCUCGACUGCCGGCCCACCCAACUGUUUCACCGACCCUCCACACCUGGGCCUCCAUCCCUCCACCCCCUUUCCGGCCCUGCACAGUGGCCCGACCCGCCCUCCCCCCGCGCGCCCCUCGCUAGCCCGGCCCCGCGACCGACCAUCCCGCCUGCCUCCUCCCUUCUCCCUCCGGGCUCCCUUCGCGGCGGGGCGGCUCCCCCCCUCCCCCCCCCCACGCGUCCGGCCCCCACAGCGCAGCGCGUCGCACAGCCGGGGUCUCCGCGUCCCGGCCCCUCCGCCCGUCCCCCCCGCCCCGCACGUCCCGGACGCUGGCACCCCCGGCCCUGUUACCCUCUCCAAACUCGGCUCGCGCCCGACAUGGCGGCCCUCUGGCCGCUCCUCCCCCCCUCCCCUGUUCUCCCCGACCCCGCGCCUCACUGGAGCGAGCCCACUUACUCUCCAAGGCGCUUCUCGGGCCCAGAGCCGCUCGGCACGCACCCCCUACCCUUCUGCCCAUCGGCAGCUCCCGGCGUUAGCACCGGCCUACCCCCCGGGCGCCCUCCGUUCCCCCAACGGCCUCUGA